ACGAUGGUGGCGGGCGCGUUCCCGCUGGCCAAGCUGCUGACGCUGGGCGCGCGCCAGCUCAGCCGCCCCCUGGCCGCGCGCAUCAAGGCGGGGGCGCGCGCGUCGCCCUUCUUCCGCACCUACAUCUGCCUGCCCCCCGCGCAGCUUUACCACUGGGUGGAGAUGCGCACCAAGAUGCGGCUGCUGGGGUUCCGCGGCGCCGCGGUGAAGCCGCUCAACGAGGAGGCGGCGGCCGAGCUGGGGGCGGAGCUGCUGGGCGAGGCGCUCGUGUUCGGCGUGGGCGGGCUCUGCCUCUACCUCGAGUACCUGCGGCAGGCGGGGCAGGGCCGGCGGCGCGAGGAGCACCUGGACCGCGCCCUGGCCGAGCUCCGCGAGCACCUGGACGAGCUCCGCAGGGACCUGGAGGCCAUCAGGGGGCGGGGAGGGGCGGGGCUUGACGGGGCAGGGGCGGGGCUUGAGUUGGGUGGGGCUGGACACGCCCUGGGUGGAGCUGGAAGCCACGCCCAUGGAAGCUCAGGCCACGCCCCCAGCAAAGCUGUGAAUGGCGCUGCCGGGUCAGGCCACGCCCCUGCUGUGAGAGGCCACGCCCCCGCUGGAUCAGGCCACACCCCUCCGCAUUAAACCCGCUCUGUGUGUUCUGUUCGGUGCCUUUAAGGGGCGGGGCUAAUGCGGAGGAUGGGCGUGGCCAGUUUGGGCGUGGCCAACGCG